AUACCAUCUCUCUUCUCUUCUGGCCACAAAACCACAACGGUCUUGUGAUCGGAAUCCAGCGGUAGCGAUUUCGAUCUAUCCAUCGUUGCUUGUUCACCUCUCCUAAUCKAAUUCAUGUCCACCUCCCCACCCGACGCGAAACGARCCAAACUCACCACCAUCAACAACAUGCCGAUUUCCCACAACGCCUAUUUUGAUUCCAAGGUCCAGUCCCUCGCCAGCGAACGGCACGGAAAGAAGUUCAGCGUUGGCAUCAUUUCCGCGGGAGAAUACCACUUCGGUACCGACGCCGCGGAGCGCAUGACCGUGAUCAGCGGCAUGCUCACGGUCAAACUCGACGGAACCGACGAAUGGAUCCACUACCCCGCCGGAACAAACUUCGAGGUCCCCUCYAAGAACGGCUUUGACGUCAAGGCCAGCGUUGACACCGCGUAUCAGUGCGAAUACCUAUGAGGAYGAGGUGCAAGUUGUGCUGCCGACAAGCGUGGCACGGCAYAAUACCGGAUGGAUCCGAACUUACUGCAAUAYUGGGGUGAAAUGGUGAAGCUACAUGUUUGUGUAUUCGCGGGAAUAAGGAACAAAGGAGGGC